GGAACAAUUACCAAAAUCGGAGUAAAACAUAUGAGUUAUGCAAAAAUAGGAGUAACGUUUUAAAAUUCCCAAAAUAGGGGUAUUUUUUUCUAAAUGGACAAGGAUACCCCUGCCUGUUGCUGCCUGCUACUACAGUACCGCCGCCGGCAAGACUUCGCCGGACUGCUGCUGCCGGAGCUCCGGCGACCACCACCGGAAAGUUUUCCAGAUUUUUUCUGGACUUUUCCCAGCAUUUCUGCCGCCGCCGGAGUUCGCCGCCGCCGGAAUAUUCUGCCGCCACCGUCGGACUGCCCCUCUACCAAUGGACUGCCUUGGUUGCUCAAGGGAACUAGGGGGCAAUAAUUAAUUUGAAUAGAGGUUUCUGCCGGUCGCCGGAGCUCCACCGCCGGCCGUCGCCGUCUGCCACCGCCACCACCAGACUGCCGCCGCUACCAACGCCCUGCUCCGCCACCGACGGACUGCCCUUGUUGCCCAAGGGAAAUAGGGGGGGCAAUAAUUAAUUACAAUAGGGGUAUUAGGGGCAAAAAAAUUAAAGUUUACUCCUAUUUGGGGAAUAUUAGAAGUUAACUCCUAUUUAGGAUCUCAAAAAAACUCCUAUUUAGAGAAAUGUGUUAUGUUUUACUCCUCUUUCAAACAACCAAGAGCCAUCCCUAAUUGCAACUCCCUUGCCAUGACGCCAAAUUGAAGCCAGCAUCUCUUGGAGCGCCGGGAAGUUAAUUUUCCGGUCAGAAACCACCACACCUACCACCGGGAACCCCAACUGUUCUUCGCUUUCGUCCACAUCCCCUGCUCCUUCCGCAUCAAAAUCAAGCUCAUUCUCUGCCUCCCCUAUAGCCAUCUUUCUAUAAUUGUUAACAAUAUCGUCCACCUACAAAUUCCUGGUUCGAAACCUUCCCUUCGCUCGUCCUCAGCCUACCACUUAGCCGCCUGAUGACUGCCCUUUGAGCAAGCCGCUGGACGAAAUCAGAGACAGGCCCCUCGAGCACUCGCCGCGACCAAUUCAAGCCGCUGAACUCCCCUUCGUCUGCCUGAUGUCUCGAUAUUGAAAUCGGAGCACAGAAGAAACAAACCGAUCUUCGAUUGCAAGAAUCGAAAUCAGAAAAUACAACCCUAGCGGCGCACGCCCUAGGGAGAGAGAAAGUUUUUUUCCCGAUUUUGAGGAAAUUUAUUUUUAACUUGUUAAAUAUAAGAAGUUAUUAAUUAAAAUCAAAUUAUAUAUUCUAAAACCUCAUAUUAAAUAUUCUAAAAUUAUAUGACCAACAAUUUUUAUAAAAGAAAGAUAUAUGGAUUCACACAUAAAUAUAGUGUCUAAUUUGGUAUAUUUGAAACUUUAAUGGCCAAUAUGAGAUUCUCAUGCAACCAUAAUGUCUAAUUUGACUCUUAUCCUUUGUAAAUUAGAUCUGAACAGUUUUAUCCAAGGUUAUGUCGAUGACUAUACUUAGUAUAAAAAUGUUUGGAGAUUCAACCUGCAAUUCUGCAAACCAUUCAACAAACUCAUAUAGAUGAGUAAUGCUUAGAAGGCUGAACUUAAGAUCGACCGUCAUCAAGCUAGUAGGAGUGUAUGGGAUAACAUGAUUGGCUUCUAAUCGAGCAAAUAAAAUCAAAUGUGCUAUAACUCCUUUAAUGUCACUACGAUUGGAAGUUUAGACUUCACUUUUUGUUUCAAGUUAUUUUUACGGGGUUCGGAUAUACUAUCGUAUUUUUUUGUGUAUUGAUCUUUAAAAUGUUUAGGAAUUGUCUCCAAAAGGGUGUUUUCCCAAAACACGGGAAAAGUCAGCAUGUAGUGCAAAAACACGGGAAAAUUGUAGGGUUUCUAAGAAAACGAAUUUCGGAUGAUGAUGUUCCGAAUAGAUUUAGGGUUACAAGAGAGUAGGUUUAGCAGGCAUUCGGAAAGCAACAUUCCAAAUUUAUUAAUUUAUUUUAUGUAUUUUUUAAGUAUUCGGAACAUGGUGUUCCAAAUAGAGGUUUUUUAAUUUUUUGAUGCACCAUUCGGAUGAUGCACUUCCAAAUCUAACUUUUUUAAUUUUUAUUUUAUCUAUAGAAAUUAAAUUUGAUAUGUAUGAGUAACUAUUUUAAUUAGGGGUGGGAAAAACCGACCCUGGAUUGCCCCGAAUUAUGAUCCCGGGGCGGAUUUUUUCUUUUUAACCGACCCAAAUUUAAAAAAUAAACCCCGGAACGAACCUAAAAUUACGGGCUCAUAGACGGACCUUAAAAUAUAACCCCGUCCGGACAAAUAAAAAUCCGAAACAACUAGCUAUAAUAUAAAAUUAAUACUCCGUAUAAUAUAUGAAUAUAAAUUUAUAAAUAUUUCCUAAUAUAUGAUAAUAGUCACGGUGCAUAAAAAAUGAUUUAGCAACUUUUAGUAACUAAAAAUAUGUUCAAUUUGUUUAGCGUAAUGACCAUUAAAUAUAUUUACAUCAACUCUAGUCACAUUUAUCUAUAUAUUUUAUUUCGUAAUAUUAAUUUUCAGGAAACCUAUAUUAUUUAUUUACAUGCAUCUUAAAUAAAAUAUUAAGAUAAUUAUCUUCUUUGGAUUUGAAUUGUUGGUGAUUUUGGAGACUUGUAUUUGUGUUAUUAUUUUCGAUUUGUAUUUUUAAUUAAUUUUGUUUGAAAAUAGGUGUUAAAGUAUAAAAAAACAAUGAGAUAUUUCAAGUUCGAGCUUUAAGUGAUCCAACCCGAACCCGGACCAAACCCGGGCUACCAAAAAUCCGACUCGGACCAAAUAUAAUGGGCUUUGUUCCGGUCCCUAAUUUUCAUAACCCGAGACUUUCCGGGUAAUUUCCGGGUUUAACAAAACCCCGAACCAGACUGGACCGUUCCCACCCCUAAUUUUAAUAUGUACAAUUUAAAUCUGUAUUAUUGUAACCCGUACAAUUUAUUUGUUUUUGUAAUAUUUUUUUAACGCAACUCUUAUAAAAAAAAUUAAACGCAUGUAUCAUUUUUAAUUUUGUGUUGAAUUUUGUUUUCAAUGUUGCAUUUUUAAUUUUGUUUUUCUUCAUUCGGAAAUUACAAUUAGCAAUUGACCCCGCAUUCCCAAUAUUCUUUUUUUUUUUUCAUUUGGAAAAUAGCAUUCCAAAUUGACCCACCUCCCAUUUCCUCCCUUUUCCAUUCGGAAUACCCCAUUCCAAAUUGACCCCACCACCUCGCCCUAACUCAUUUGGAAAAUGGCUUUCCGAAUCCCGUUUUUUUGUAUCCUAAUUGGAACUCCCGUGUUUUUGCUCAAUGUGUUAGAAACUCCCCUGGUUUAGGAAUUGUCUCUGCACAAAAUAGUCAAAAGUUGCAUUCCUCCCUAAUGAUUGCUUUGCAUUUAUUUCUAAAAGAUAAAAACUGUUUGUGUACACCUCAUGUCAUUAAUGCCCUAUAAAUAUGGCUUCUCAAGACUUUUAUUUGUAUUUUUAAUUUUUUAAAAUAAGACAAAAUAUAUUGUAUUUUAUUUGUAUGAAAUAACUUGUUCAAAGACAAAAUAUAUUGUAUUUAUGAAUAAACUAUUCAUAGAUAAAAAAAAUACGGAGCAGUUUUCAUAAAAAAGAACUAAGAACUACUGUUAUGGAACAAUAAGAACUAAGUCAUCAAGUAUAUUCAAAGUUUCAACAGCCAUUUCCUCAUAAUAUAUCCUAGUGCAAUAGUGCCCCAACAAAAUAUACGGAGUAUUUGGUAAGAAUUGAGCUUAUGAGACAAUAAUGCAUAUUUAUGAUCAAGUCAGGCAAUUGUUCCCAUACUAUCUUUAUCCCAUAAUUCAUUUUUUAUAAGCUUGUCGAAUUACUCGAAUAUCUCAUUUAAUAAUUUUUGUGGAAUCAUGGUGGAAUGAGAGAUUGUUUUAUGAUUAACAAAAUAAUUAGCAACCAAAAUAUGAAUGUAGAUUAUUUCAAAAUUAUUUUUGAAAUUAGAAGUACGUAAUUUGUGAGUGUGGGAUCACAAAUAACCCAUUAAAAUGAGAUAACGAUUUAAGUAAUCUAUAGGGUAGAUAUUAUUGUAAAAAAAUGUAAAUAAGGAUCAUAAAAAUCUGUUUAUUUGUGAAUGUUCGAACAAUUUAUGUGUUUUAUAGUAGUAGAAAUCUGCGUUUUAUAUUAAAACAAAACAAUCGUUAUUAAGAGAGUCUUAGUUAUUUGGCUAAAAAAUACCUUAGCUUACUGCAAAAUUAUUACUCCCUCCGAUUCUUAAUUAAGUUCAUAGUUUAACCUCACACAUAUUAAGAAAUAAAUUUGACUUUACUGUGGAGUGCACUGUUUGAACAUUGCUUGACACUGUUUAAACACUGUUUGACACUGUUUGACACUGUUUUGGUGUAAAUCAUUUGCCAAAUAAGGAAAGAUUUGAAGUAGGAACUGUGAUAUGGACCAUCCCAAAAAGAAAAUUAGGAACUUAAUUACGGAACAGAGGGAGUAUCUUCGUAAGGAAAAUUCUUAGUGUACACAAGUUGUAUACAAAUUGUACACAAAACCCCUUAGUUGUCUGCGUACACAGGCAAUUCGUUUAAAAAAGUGCAGGACUUGAUGUUAAAUUGUCUAUGUACACAGACAAUGUACACAUUUUGUGUACAUCUUAUAUACACCAAGAAUGAUCCAUCUUCGUAAUAUGACAGUGCCCUUGUUGAAAAUUAUUUGCCGCCGUACAAGAACGAGCAGCAGCAAUUGUUGAAAAUUUUGACAAGGCUUCGGACCAAUAUUUUACUACGACUAAAGUCUUUCAAACAAAAGGUUAAAAUUGACUUCCCCAUUCUCCGGAAGAUGUAUACGAAGUACUACCUCAGUACCUCCAUCCUGGCAUGUGAAGAAAAAUACUCUGUACAAGACAGUUUGUGCACCCAAUUAUACAUGCCUCUCAAAUUGUACAGAUAAUUUGACUGGCAUUUUGUGAAGAAGUCAAUAUCUAGAUUGACAAAACAAAAAAUUUGUCUGUAUCAUAAACAUUUAAAAUUUCUCGUUUAAAAUUAUUUGUAUCAGAGAUAUUUUAAGAAACAUUCUCGUUUAAAAUGUCUACAAUACAGACAAUUUUUUUGCCUAUGUGAAAAUCGAUUUUCUUCAUAAAAAGCCAGUCAAAUUGUCUGUAUCAAUGACAUUUUAUGAAAUAGUUGAAAAUGUCUGUGAUACAGACAAAUUUUUGUUUUUGUCUGUAUGGAAAUUGGUUUUCUUCAUAAAACGUCGAUCAAAUUAUCUGUACAGUUUGACUGGUGUGUAUAGUGGCGUAUUAGCGUAUACAAUGUCGUGCACACGAAGCGGGACUGGUAUUUCAAUAACAUUGGGACAUUAGAAAGUGACACAGUUAUUAAGAAAAAUAAGUUUAUGCAAUUGAUAUUGAAUUGAUAUAAUAAAAAUAAAGUAAAAAUGAUUUGAAACCAAACAAAUUUUAUCAAAGUUAGUAAGAGACAAUCUUAUAUAGGGAAUGUUUGCGAUUGCUUCAACUUUAAAUAAGCGUUUUUUAAAGUGAUUUUAGAGAAAGUGCUUAAAACCAAAAGUUGAGUGUUUUAAAAUAGAAGUGAUUAAGGUGAAAAAGGUUAAAGUUAGAGUGUUUGAUAAAAAAAUAAUCUUAAGUGGUAUAUUUUACGUAGUAUUAAACUACAAAAAUGCCCUUGAAUGUAAAACAUUUUUUACCAUCUCUUUGUUGCCCAGCUUCAACACCUUUCAAAGUAGGGAGUAUGGGGCGCCAUCUCUUUGUUGACCAACUCUCCUACCACCCUGCAAUUACAAUUGCUUCCUUCAAUCCAAGUGAAAAAUUAGAAAGUCGUAUGUGGCGCCAUCUCUCAUCUGGAUUUCUACAAUUGCUUCCACUUCUGAAUUUUAUUCCUGCAAUUCUUUCCCCUGUCCAUCGAAUUUUGUUCUUCCAAUUACUCCUGGCAAUUUACUUGGAAUUUCAAUCUCAUGUUCCCUCAUCUCCAUGCUUCUCAUCAUUUCUUCAAAGCUGAGUGAUGAUGAUGAAGACUGUUCCUCUCGUAAACCCUCCUUAUUUUCAGAAAUGUCUGGACAUUUUGCAGAAGUUGAAGCUAUUUCAUUGUUGAACAUUUGAUAAAGCCGGCUGACUAAGGUCUGAAAGGGGACAUGGAACAGGACGAAAGUGUACUAGGAGACGAGGGUAUCUUUGGUCCAAGGCCAAUACAC